UCAGCGCGAGACAGAUCAACCAAAGCGGCAUGGGAGGCAAGAACUGACCUUCAUUCCACUCUAUUCAUUAUAAUUCUUUAUUAUCUGCAUUACCUGUAAAGACACUUACUGAGCAGGUUCAGAAAUCUUCGUUAUGUCUGUAAAGAGUGCGUCAGUCCAUGCCAAGUGGAUCGUAGGAAAGGUUAUUGGUACCAAAAUGCAGAAAACUGCCAAAGUCAGAGUCACCAGACUCGUUCUGGAUCAAUAUCUUCUCAAGUAUUACAACAAAAGGAAGACCUACUUUGCACAUGACCCACUUGAACAGUGCACUGUAGGAGAUGUUGUUCUUUUAAAAGCUCUACCAGAAAGGCGGGCAAAACAUGUAACCCACGAACUGGCUGAAGUUGUGUAUAAAGUAGGAAACGUCAUAGAUCCUCUGACAGGGAAGCAGGUUGCUGGAAGCUUGUUCCGAGAACCUCUCACAGACUCGAUGGAGAAUCCUGCUGGAUCUUUAACAGAGAAGCUACAGGAAUUAAACAUCACAGCUGCAACCAGUGAAACCCUACAGAGACCCUCUGAAGUCUAAAUUGCUUCUGAAAAUUAACUCUUUUUGUACUCUGUGUAAACUCAAUAUUUUCUGUGUAUUCUGUUUAAUAAAAAUAAAUGUUAUAUU